AAAACGGUAUAAUUUAACAUAAUUAUUUAUUCACAAUAUUAAUUUCAAAGCCUUCGCGCAUGCGGCGCGCAUCGCAGAGCAUUGUGGGUGCAGCUGAUCGGAGCGAAGUCGCGAGAGGAAGAAGAACUACAAGACCAAAACAAAACAUGGCCGGUAUGGCGGAGAGGAGCUUAUCUGAUGUCCAUGCGCUCCCUUAACUGUCAUAAUAUUGGUAUGAACAACUGCGUGAAAGUUAAGCUAGAAAAAUUUAUGAAACUGUUUGGGUUUUUAUAUUAAUUUUAUUAUUUCAAACAGUGAAUUACAAAGUCUGUAUGGCCCCAAACGUAUUGGCACAUAUUAAGACAAUUUCAAUAAUUUUAAAAAUUUGCUAGUAAUGUUGUAGACAAAUAUACAAUAAUCUCCAGAUCACUCUUGCUUUGAAAACAUUUGUUGCUGUUGAUUAUAUUUUUCAAAGGUUCAAGAGCGAUUAAGUUAGCACAUGUUGUAGAACUGUAAUGUCAAUAUUAUAUGUUCUCUUAUAAUUUAAUUCGAGUGGAUUUUAGGAAAAUAAAUAAUUUAAUGAUCCUUUACUUUUGGAAAGUUAUGGAAGAGAUUUUAACAGAAAAAGAUUUAAUGAAAGAAGGUCAAUGUUGGGGUGAGUGGACCUUUUCAAUACCAGAUGACAAGAUUAAUGAAAAGAUAGCCUCGCUUCCACGAUCAGAACAGGAGGGAAAUUGUUCCACUUGGGCUAAUUUAUUUUCGUUGAUACAAACUAAAUCAGACUUCGAUGAUUCACCUUCUGCCUCUUCAGAGAUCCACCACACAAUGGAAGAGUCCCAAGUUCCGGAUACUGAAGCAGAGCUUGGCAAAAGCAUUGUCACAAGUUCCAUGGAAGAGUUAUCGGUUUCUCUAGUCGAGUUGUGUAAGCAGUUAGGACCGAAAUUGAGAGUCGGAGCGGCGGAAGUCAAAGACGAGAUGAUGAUGUUAGCAGGUGAUUUGAAAAAGUUGAAAAGUGAAUCAGUGACAUUACUUAUGGAAAAUACUUGGCCCCAGCUCCAUUCGGAUAGUUGUAGACUCUGUUUUUGUAUCCCAUUUUGCGCAAGUAGCGAGCUGUGUGGGAUUCUUUGCCGAAGAAUUUUGCUGCCUUGGAUGAGUGAGAGUCUACCGAGCAGACUGGAACAACUGUCGGAGAUUCUCUCCCCAGAAGGGGAAACUGUCUGUGUUACUCUGGUGGCACCCCUUCUACAACUGGAAGAUUCUCCUCUUGUACACGAUUUGCUCAAUUUGGAAGAUUUUAUGAGUUCGAUGUCGCCCAAACAUUGGACCGUUUUGCUGAGAGAGUUUCUCUCAGGGUUGGGAGAUCUCGACAAAUGGCAAGUCUCUGCUUUGGCAACCAUAGUCCAACAUGCUGAGCCAACCUGUGACAUCUUAUUUACUCUCGUCCAACUGAUGUCUGCAACAGGAUCAACGUUUGCUCAAAGCAGAGAGUUUGGAGCUCUUUUAGUUGCUGUGGCUAAUCACCUGAAAGCGGACUCGGUUUCCCUUGUUCCACAGUUGAAACUCAUCGUUAACAACUAUAAAGGUUCAUUGAAAUUUAAAGCAUUGAAAGUCUUAGCUGAUGUAAGCUGAUGAAAUUAGAAAUUCUAUCUUUUGUAAAAAUGUGAAAAAUAAUGGUUGUAAGAAAAAUGUGAUAUUACGGUAAUGAUAUUUUGUUGUAAAAUAAUACAUAAAUGUGAAUACCAUGCCAAUACUAUAAUAUUUAUACUAUGGGUUGUAAUAAA